AUGGGGAAAGGUGCACAAAUCUGGCUGGCAAAAUAUAAAUUUACGGACUUUCCUGAACCGGAUCCGGAUGAUGUGGACUCUAUUAGAAAUUUUAUGCGCGCAAAAUAUAUGCUAAAGAAAUGGUUAGAUAUAUCACAAUUAAACAAUCAACCCUGGAAGUCUCCCAGCAACGAUAACACAGCAGUAACAACGAAUAAAGGAACCUUUAUAAUCAAUCCUCCUGCGCUUAGUCAUAAGUCAAACAAUUUCAGCGAUAAUUCGUCAAAUAGCUCACUAAGUCGUCAUUCUAGCUUGGCAGAUGUUCGCUCAUUAUCACCCAGCGAAAGACGACAAUCUUCAAUUAGCGACAUUUCCGAUCACUCGUUUCAUAUAAAUCUCAAGUCCACCCUUGAUUACAAUGUGAAUAAUUCGUCGAAUGAUCACGUUCCCUUUAACAUACCAACAUUGCCCAAACCGAAUUCCAACCCUUUUAAUACCAAUCAAAUAUCUGAUAAUUUGGGUAGAACCAACACAAAUUCAGAACCGAAUAACAACCUCGAUGAUUUCUUCUCAUCAUUAAGUAUAUCAUCUACAUGGAAUAAUAGUCAUUCACAACUCAAUGAACUAAAUAACACCUCGGCUUCAAUGGAACAACGACGCGUUGUUCAGGCGACCCAAACAUCUUCACACAAUGGAGUCAUACAAGCUCUACCUCCACAAUUAAAUCCCUCGGCAUUACAGCCCCAACAGUAUCAAAGCCCAAUACAAAAUCAACAGUAUUCAGCAAUAAAUUUUGAAUCUUCUGGUG